GGCAGGCUCUGCUGCUGCCUCAGGGUUUUGAUGCAGCAGCUUUCCUCCCGGGUGCUGAGCAGCUGUGGAUCACCGAGGUCUGGGGGUGAGGCAGGAGAGUGGUCUGAUGGAUACGCAGUGGCAUCUUGUUUACCCUACCCGAGCGUGAGCGAGGCAUCCCGGGACUGUAACGUACCUGUUCGUGGCGCCGUCUGGAGCUCUACCGCACCUGUCCGUGACCCUGUCCUGGCUGUACAUCAGUUGUCCCGUCCCUGUCCGCUUCCCUGGGGCUCGGGCCAUUUGUACUCGUUCAAUAAAGCGCGGUCCGGGGCUCGCCGUGUGCGCGCAUCGCUCGGGGCCGCGCGGCGCGCCCUCGGGGCCUCUGCUGUGUCGCUAUUGGCUGGGAGGGUACAGCCUCCGCCAAUCACGGAGGGGGGCGCCCGGAAGUGCCCUCGUGUUAGGCUGAGCGUGAUGGCGGCGCCGCUGCGCGGACGGCUGCGGGCUCUGGCGCUGGGAGGCUGCGGGCUGCUUCUGGGAUCGGCGCUGGCGGCAGGCGACGAGCGGCUUUACGCGGCGGCGGUGAUGCCUGCGCUACGGGCGCUGCCCCCCGAGGCCGCCCACGGCCUGGCUUUGCGCGUCGCCGCCCUCGGGCUGCUGCCCCCCACCCGUCCCGACGGCCCCGCGCUGCCCUGCAGGAGGUGCGAGUCCUCGGGCAGCGAUUCCGCAACCCAUUGGGCCUGGCUGCUGGCUUUGACAAGCAGUGUGAGGCUGUGGACGGCCUGUACAAGAUGGGCUUUGGCUUUGUGGAAGUGGGAACUGUCACACCCAAGCCCCAGGAAGGGAACCCCAAGCCCAGGGUCUUUCGGCUGGCAGAGGACGAGGCAGUUAUCAACAGGUAUGGAUUCAACAGCCAUGGCCACAUCGCGGUGGAGCGCAGGCUGCGAGCCCGACAGGAGACACAGAUCAGGCUCACUGGUGGUGAGACAAGCUUCUGGGAUGCCUCUUGGCAUCAAUCUGGGCAAGAACAAGAGCUCUACUGAUGCUGCAGCAGACUAUGUGGCUGGGGUCCGGACACUGGGCCCUUUGGCUGACUACCUUGUUGUGAACGUGUCCAGCCCGAACACCCCAGGGCUGCGGGACCUGCAGGGCAAGGCUGAGCUGCGGGAAUUGCUGAGCAAGGUGCUGGUGGAGAGGAACCUGCUGCCCUGCAAGCGUAAGCCAGCUGUGCUGGUGAAGAUUGCCCCUGACCUCACCGCACAGGACAAGCAGGACAUCGCCAGCGUUGUCUGUGAGCUAGGUGUGGAUGGGCUGAUAGUCAGCAACACCACCGUGAGCCGCCCCAGCAGCCUCCGGAGCAGGCAGCGCAUGGAGCCUGGGGGCCUCAGUGGGAAGCCCCUGCGGGAGCUCUCCACACACACCAUCAGGGAGAUGUACGCUCUCACUCAAGGCCGGGUGCCCAUUAUUGGCGUGGGUGGGGUGAGCAGCGGGCGGGAUGCCCUGGAGAAGAUCCGGGCCGGAGCCUCGCUUGUGCAGCUGUACACAGCACUUGUGUACCACGGGCCACCAGUGGUGGGGGCAGUGAAGCAGGAACUGGAGGAGCUGCUUAGGGAGCAGGGCUUCAAGAACGUCAUGGAGGCAAUUGGAGCAGAUCACCGCUGCUGACAUGCUGCAGAAUGAAGGUGUGGCUGGAAGGAGCCAUGGCUGAGCAAGGAUGGGUGUGACAAUUCCAGUGCUGGGCAGACUGGGACUGAGACAAGGUCCUGGUUCCAGCCCCUGGGAAGGGUCUGAUGGGUGAAGUGAGGGGCUGCUCUGGUGGGGAGCAGGGGACAGGGCCUCCAUGACAGUGCUGCUUUUCAGGCUUAUGUUUUGGCUUCCCUGUGGACAGCAGAACUGAGUGUCAAUAAACAUUUGGCUCACCUGG